AUGGGAGUCCCACUGGUCCCUGCUGAAUGGCUUCUAACAGGUCCUGGGGCCAGUUCUGCUGGUUCCUCCGGGCUAAGGAGCUUCCUCAGGUGCAAUAAGAAGCACCUUCCAUUGCCUGACAUCGAUCUCGCAACUGCUACUGCGAGACAGCCGGUCAGACGGCUCAACGAUGACCCUCGCCCUCCAGGAAGCGUCCCCACUUCCAGCGCAGGCACCGCCCCUCGGCGCAAUCUGGGGUGCGAGCCGCCGCUGCCAGCCGUCCGGCUGGGAGCGGGGAGGGGUUCCCGAACGCUCCCACCUAGCGCUGGUCGCCAUCUUCCAGCGCGUGCUUUCCCCGGAGUCCCGGCUCUCGGGCCUCGGCUCGCCUGGGAACCGCCGUUCAGUCCGCGGAGCCCAGGGCGUUGCGGAUCUCUGAGCGCCGGGGCGGACGCCGUCCCCACAGGCGGGGCAGGGGGCGGGGCCAGGGCGACGGCAGCAGUGCGGCGGCGCGGCGCUCCUGCCGCCCCGGAGCGCGCCCCGCCUCCCGCCCCGCCUGCGCGCGAGCUUGGGCGUGGAGGGAGGGGCCAGGAAGCGGCGAGCGCGCCGGGGAGCGCAGCUGCGGGCGUGGGGGCGACAGGAGCCGCGGAGCCGGCGCCGAGAGCGGCUGCGGCCGGAGUGAGCGGCCGAGACAAAGGCGACGGGCCUCACCUUUGGCGCAUGGAGGUGACCAGGCCAGUGGCCAAUCAGAACUACAGCCUCUGGGCUACACCACAGCCACAGCAACACAGAAUCUGAGCCGCAUCCACAACCUACACCACAGCCCACGGCAACACCGGAUCCUUAAUCCAGUGAUCGAGGCCAGGGAUCGAACACGCAACCUCAUGGUUCUUAGUCGGAUUCAUUUCCAGGGCGCCAAGACAGGAACUCCCUUCUCUAAUGGACUUUUAUGUGACCAUAAUGUGAAUUUAAUUUUCAUGAUCAUAGCGGUAUGGACUAGUAUGUAUUUGUAUCUUUACAGUUUUUUUGCAUAUGCAGGUUUUAUUCUUUUUUUUUUUUUGUCUUGUCUUUUUAUGGCCGAACCUAUGGCAUGUGGAAGUUCCCA